AUGGAGAGGUACGAGGUUGUUAAGGAUUUGGGAGUUGGGAAUUUUGGAGUGGCGAGGCUUCUGAGGAACAAGGAGACUAAGGAGCUUGUUGCUAUGAAGUACAUCGAGCGUGGCCACAAGAUUGAUGAGAAUGUGGCAAGAGAGAUUAUCAACCAUAGGUCUCUUCGGCACCCGAAUAUAAUUCGGUUUAAGGAGGUGGUUUUGACUCCUACUCAUUUAGCUAUAGUGAUGGAGUAUGCAGCUGGAGGUGAACUCUUUGAGAGGAUAUGUAAUGCUGGACGGUUUAGCGAAGACGAGGCUAGAUAUUUCUUUCAGCAGUUGAUAUCUGGUGUUCAUUACUGUCAUGCUAUGCAAAUAUGUCAUAGAGAUUUGAAGCUGGAAAAUACACUUUUAGAUGGAAGCCCUGCGCCUCGCUUGAAAAUUUGUGACUUCGGUUAUUCCAAGUCAUCUUUGCUUCAUUCCCGACCCAAAUCGACUGUUGGAACUCCGGCUUAUAUAGCACCGGAGGUUCUUUCUAGGAGGGAGUAUGAUGGCAAGUUGGCUGAUGUGUGGUCGUGCGGAGUGACCCUGUAUGUCAUGCUGGUUGGAGCAUAUCCCUUUGAGGAUCAAGAUGACCCUAGAAAUUUUAGGAAAACAAUUCAGCGCAUAAUGGCUGUCCAAUACAAAAUCCCCGAUUAUGUUCAUAUAUCUCAAGAUUGCAAACACCUUCUAUCUCGUAUAUUUGUUGCAAAUCCAUUAAAGAGAAUUUCUCUUCGAGAAAUCAAAACCCAUCCGUGGUUUUUAAAGAAUCUUCCAAGGGAGCUAACUGAGUCCGCUCAAGCUGCGUACUAUCAGAGAGGCAAUCCAAGUUUUUCUAUUCAAAGUGUGGACGAGAUAAAUAAAAUUGUGGGAGAGGCGAGAGAGCCUCCUCCGGUAUCUAGGCCGGUCAAAGGCUUUGGCUGGGAAGGCGAGGAAGAAGAAGAAGAAGUGGAAGAAGAAGAGGUGGAGGAAGAGGAAGAUGAAGAAGAUGAGUAUGACAAACGGGUCAAAGAGGUUCAUGCAAGUGGAGAAUUUCAAAUCAGUUAA